ACCCAUCUUGCCAGCCCAGCGGACAAGAUGAGCUUCGUACAAAAGCGCGGUCUCUCGACCCUUAUUCCCCCCAAGGUUGCUUCUCCAAAUGCUAUCGGAGCAUCCCCAAAUGCCGUCCGCAUGCACAAGGUGGUGAGCUUCUACGAGAAGCUCCCGCGAGGACCGGCUCCCGAACCGCAGGCGAAGGGUCUCUUGGCACGAUACCAGAAGGCAUACUUUGGCAAGAACGCCUCCGCGAAGCCGCUUGUCCACGUCAUUGGCGUCCUCAUUGCUCUCGGCUACGCACAGAACUACUACUUCCACCUGCGCCACCACAAGAACAACGUGCAUCAUUAAGCGGAAAGCCGCCUCCCGGGAAAUGGGAACCGAGUGGAAAAGGCAGCAUGUGUAAAUAUAGAGUGUAGCAGUUUCCAAUCCAAGUUCUGGCCAGCCACGUCGAGAAGUUCCGAGCCCAUUUUCGUGAUCCGUUCCUCGCCCAGGUGAGGAGACGUUGGCGCAUGUACCCCGCUGGAGCGAUAUCCUGGAGCUCGUGAAGGCUGAAGGCGCGGGAGUCUUCCGCAGGUGCAAGAGGAAUUAUCGGACGUAAAAAGCAAUAACAUGCCGUGAUACAUUGCACUUUGUCUCUUCCCGAUACGGCUGAGGCGGAUGAUCU